AUGCAUUCAACCCCGGUCUCGUCCUAUUCUGCAUGUGCUGACCAUUCUUUUCCACAGCGGCCACAGGCUCCUGCAUCUGCCUCUGCGCACAAGGCUGCGACCCAAGCAUUCCUGGCUAGCCAAACCUCACACGGCAAUCUGUCAGCUUCUGCCGCGGCGGCCGCCCUACGGAGCAUGACCCCGACUCCAACGCAGGUCGAACAUGUCCAGACAAAACGUACAGUACAGAGACAAUCGUCUCUGGGGCCUGUGUCAGGAGCUGGUCGAGGGAGGUCAAGAGGCGGUCUACAGAGGCAAUCCAGUGCUGGUUCCAUGACCGAGAGGACCUUUAGGACCCCAUCCCCAUCACCCUCGAGGCCGGCGUCGCGAGCGAAACUUGUCGAGCAUCCUCCCCUUCCAAACAUCCCACAACAAUACGCGAGCAAUACAACGGUGCAAGGAAAGAAGAAGGUUCGCUCGGCUAGUCAGGGCCCGCCUCCCCCGCGCGUCCUGUCUCCGCCGUUGACGCGACCAGGGGCCAGAGGGCAGAGCCUGGAUCGAUCGCGACAGCCUGAGCAACCGACACAAGCGGCGAGAAAGAAGAAUCUGGCUCCGGUCAAUGAGAUCGAACGUACGGAUAGCAGUAAUUCUAUCAACUUCUCGAGGCCAUUGUCGCCACGGCCUCAGUCACCCGGCGGUCAAUCGUUAUCACUGUCAAAUGGUGAACAUGCGUCGGCAAGCCUGCUGACUAAAUCCAUAUCUCCAGCUAAAGCUGAGGAUAUCCAGUACGGCCUAUUAGAGACCGCCAAUCAUCCUGUGAAGAAAAAGAAGAAAAAGGCCGUUCCAGGGGCAGCCGAAGGCAGUCAUUUACAAGGCGGUACCAUGGCCAGUAGACCGGUGGUUACGCCUCUUGAACCUGGCCCGGAAGAAGAAUUCGAGGGUUCAGAGGAACAGCUGGCCCCAGUAAAAAAGAAGAAGAAGAAGAAGACCGUGGCCGUGGCCGUGGAACCGAGCGCACAACCUGCUCCGUCCGAUACAUCAUCUCGCGCCGACUCCGACUCCGAUUCAGGCGUUGCCGGCGCAAGGGAACGGCGGGCGAGUAGGGCCUCGGGAAUGUUGAUGAAGCAACCGUCGAUCGUGCGAGAAGACUGGGAAGGCGAACAGAACGAGGGCAUUAGUCCUAGGGGGAUUCAACAACCAUCAGAAGAUACCCUUGACUCUGUCAACGGCGGCCAAACCCCGCAGAGUAAACGCGCGGGCAAUGCAGCCAAUGUGUCCAGGAAGAUCGAAGAGCCAACGGUACCUCCCAAGACUGUAAAUCAGCUGGUAACCUCCAGUUCGAACAUGCAGGACGGGCGGGCAACAUCCCCUGACACAUCAGGUAACCUCCAGGUUGUUGACCGGAAACCUACAAGAGGCACUUCUCUCAGUCCUUCAAGAUCCACAAGGUUUUCAGACAGGCUGUCUUCCGACCUCGCAGCAGGCCAAAAGCACGAGCCGCCUCCGCGAUCAGUAUCCCCUGCCAAACCUGCACUCAAGCAUCAUUCCCCAGCGCCUGGGAGGUCUGUCAACGACCCCUAUGCUCGCGGCUCUAGUGUCACCCCGAGCGAGGCCUCGGACAUCUCUAGUAUUUCUGCCGACGGCACCUCAAGACGCAAGAAGUCGGCCAGGGUCAGCUUCGACUCGCAACCAGAAAUCGUCGGCGCCGCUCCUACCGCUGCUAGUUGGGUGCCUGUGGGGAGAAACAAACCAGCCCUCAACACAAUCACCUCCAAUGAUGACAUGGACGACUUGAUGAAGCCGCGACCUCAACUUCCCUCAUUUGGCAGUAUUCGAGGUCAGAAUCCCCCCGACACGAACGAGCAAACUGCUGCAUCGGUUCUGAGGUCGUCAGCAAGCCCUACUGGGUCGGACAACAACGCAUACGAAACAAAAGGUGUGUCCAGCGACCAUGCAGUCGGCGCAAUACUGGCCCAACAGGCUCAAGAAUCUUCACAUGCUCAGUUCAAACCGCAGUCAGUCGAGCCCCUGCCUCCUCAAGUCACCUCCGUCGAGGGUCAGGUCUCCUUCUCUGAGUCAGAAAGUGAAAGUUCAGAAGACGAGGAGACGUCCAGCAGCGGUGUAUCGCCUGAAAAGGACGAGGCCCCGAGACAUACAGAGCAUAACGAUGAGCAGUCGUCAGCUGUCGUUCAGCAACCAACGUCGACUGCUCAGUCAGCUCCUCAAUCAGAGCUGCCAACCUUAUCUCUCUCUCCGCCCACGCCUGCCCUGGAACAAGGCAGAUCGGAUGAUGACUGGGUCGUCGAUGUGCCAGGCGGCUUUCCGGACUACAAUGAAACCACUGCUUCGUCUGAAGCUUCCAAAGGGAAGGCGCCGAGUGGCGCCGAGAAUGCUACGGCUUCUACAGGUCUUGGCGUAGAUUCAACCAGUGAUGAAUCGGCAUCGGACAAUGACAGUAUCUACAGCGAUGCAGCAGAAGAUCCUUCCGAGCUGGAUGGAACUGGUUUCGGUUCCAUUGAUGCUAUUGUCGACAGUCCUAUUGUUUCGCGGCCAACCGCAUUGGCUACUAUACCGGAGAGUCCGCCAGCCCGCACUGCAGAUCUCCAACCUCCCGAACCAGUACGCACAGCAUCUUGGGAAGAGGCACAGGCACGAUGGACCCAUAUACUGGAGCAAACCCGACAAGGUCCACCCUCGGGCGCACCUGUUUACAACCAGGUUACACAACAGCAAGGCCGCCAGGAAUUUUCGCAACAACCGGCCAAACCACAGGUCUCUGAGCCUCGAAGAAAAAAGAAGACCCAGGCUGCCAUUGCUGCUGCUGCAUCGGCCCCUGGCAUGGCCGCUGCUGGUCAAUCGCCAACAGUAUCUCCAGCACGAAGGAGGAAGAAGCAAGCAGCCGCCCAUUCGGCGGUUGAUCAACCCAACUCUGCAGCCGCGGCAGCGGCUGCUGCUGCACCCUACAGGCAGUCUAUGAGGGCCAGUCCAGCUCCAGAACCCGAGGCAGGAUUUCGUAAGUCUAUGCGGAGCCCCAAUCAUCAUUUCGCACCAGAUUCAGCGCCGAGACCACAGCAACGACGGCCACCACAGGCGGCAUCGUCUGGCAUGGCACAACAACCUCGCGGGGCGCUGCAAAAGAAGCACAUACCUGCGGCAGCAGCAACAGUAACGCCAGCCACAGCUUUGGCGCAACGGCUACCGCCCGUUCCGGUAGCCAUGACCAACGACAGUGACUCGGAUAGCUCGUUCCGAAAGCGAAGACGACGUAGAGCAGUCACGGAGAGUCAGCAUACUAUGCGGAGGAGCAUGCGAGGUGCUACCGACCCAACGAUGCGAGACAAUGGUCGCAGCCAAAUCCGUUCUCUUUCGCCGGAAGGCCGUCGACCAUUCUCCGCUGGUGGCUCGCGAACUACCAUGAGAACGUCAAUGAGGGGAUCCAUGGACAGUGGCGUGCCAUCCCUUCGCCCCUCGAUCGAGACUAAGCGGCCGUCUUCGUUGUUUGGGCGAGGACAGAAAAGUCCGCAACUCGUCCCUCUUGCAGGACCUACGCAGAAGCACCGAUCGCGAACCGCGGAUUCCGACGAUGAGGACGACGUCCCACGGAUGAGCAAGUUCCGCUCAAGGUUUGGAGACGACAGUGACGAUGAGCCCGACACGACGCGGUUCACACCUGUUCGAGGCAUUCCCCGUCGGGGAAAUGAUAGCGAUUCCACCGAUCUGGAAGACAGCUCAGAGGACGAGAAGCGGCCCGCCCAAGCUCCCCUCAGACUCCAGAUCCCCUCGAACGGCGCCCCAGUACCUGGCGAAGAGCCCUUAUCUCCAAAUACUGAGAAGAAACGUGGUUUGUUUGGGAUGUUCCGUGGCAAGAAGCACAAGGACGACGCAUCCUCGAUUGUAGCCGAUUCUCCUCCACGAGCCCCUAAGAUGGAUGCAAGCAAGCCAUCACAGUUGGGGUUCGCAUCUGCGGCGGAGCGCGAUCGCAUUAUCGAACAGACGCGGGCCAAGCUUGAGGCGGCCAAAGACCAGGAUCUCACCCAGUCGCCACAAACACAUGGCAAAUUGCAACGUCGACAUCAAGCUCACAGAAUGAUGAGCGACUCUUGGCCUCUACCUCCCAACCUACCGGCCGACAGCGGAAAGAUUCGUCCUAGCACCUCGGACGGGGCCCCUUUCCGAAAUGGAUCGGCCAGGCUUAAUCAAGGGAGUAUGAGAGCGAAAGAGCCACUACCACCAAUUGGGAGGAGCGGAAAGAAGAAGAAGUUCCCCAUGUUGCGCAAGGCCUUUGGGCUGAAAGAUUAG